UAUCUCGCGCGACCAAAUGGAAGCCACCGCGACCCGCCUCUUCCUCCCGCUCCGGCUGCGCCCGCCGCCGCGACGGCCGGCCGCGGGCGGAUUCCGGUGGCGCAGCGCCGGGCCGAGACGGGUGAGGGUCGCCCCGCCCCGCGCGUCGCUCGACAGCGGCAGCGCCGCCGUGCUCCUGGACGCGGCGGUGGCCGGGACGACGGGUUACUCGCCGGCGAGCUACUACACGUCGCUGGGGCUGUUCGUGCUCUCCGUCCCGGGGCUCUGGUCCCUCAUCAAGCGCUCCGUCAAGUCCAAGAUUGUGCAGAAGACGUUUGUGAAGGAGGGAGGGGGCACGACGGCGCCGAACCAGGUGGCCGGGGAGAUCCUGUCAUUCUUCACCCGCAACAGCUUCACCGUCUCCGACCGCGGCGAGGUUAUCACUUUCGAGGGCACAAUGGUGCCGAGCAGGGGGCAAGCAGCACUUCUUACAUUCUGCACCUGCAUUAGCCUUGGCAGCGUCGGUCUUGUUCUAUCAAUUGCUGUUCCAGAAGGUGGCAAUAGCUGGUUCUGGCUUAUGACCUUAAGUCCAUUGGCGGGAGUAUACUACUGGACAAAGGCAUCAAGAAAAGAAGAGAUCAAGGUCAAAAUGAUUUUGUCCGAUGAUGGAAAUGUAUCAGAGAUCCUUGUGCGAGGUGAUGAUGUACAAGUGGAGCAGAUGAGAAAGGAGCUCAAGUUCAGUGAGAAAGGAAUGAUUUAUGUGAAGGGAAUCUUUGAAACAUGACAGACUGAAUAUCAGAAGCUAACAAAGCAGUUAAGAGAGUGGUUUAUUUAUUCAAACUUUGUCCAGUAGUAUACCUACGGGCAAAUCUGUAUCUUGGCUGUAAUUAAAGAGGUGAUCUCCAUGUGAGAUUCCAUUAAGAUUGUCACAAAUGCUACGCUAGGAUAUAAUGGAUUCAACAAGUAACUUUUUCCAGGAAGAUAGGCAAUGCAGAAAAAAAAAACUGAAUUGUAUGGGAAACGUUAAGAUGUUGCAUGAGAUGUUUAGACAAUAAUAGGGGAGAAAGCAUCGAUUACAUGCAAAA